AUGACUUUUUUUUAUGUAAGAAUAUUAAAUGUUGCAAUAGUAAUAUGCUUAUGUUUAUUCAAUUAUAAAGAUAAUGCUACAAAGUGGAAGAAAGAAAUACAAUGUUGUAAAAAUAAUUUAAACUUUUUAUCAUUUAAGAGAUGCUUAUUACAACAUGUAGUUGAAGAGAAUAUUGAAAGGAAAGGCUCAUCUGUUGUUUUAUUAAAAGAGAAAAAAAAUGAACAGGGACGAAAAAAAAAAAUAAAAAAGACCAAGAGGAUUAAACCAAAAAAUGAAAAUAAUAAAAAUAAUAUUGUGUUAAAAAAUUUAAGUGAUAAAGAAAUAAAUGAACAAGAAAAUAUGACUAACGAAAGAGUAGAGAAUAACAAUAUAAAUGAUAAAGAAGUUGAGAAUAACAAUAUAAAUGAUAAAGAAUUUGACAAUAUUUCAAAUAAUAUAAAGAUGGAAGAAAAAUAUAUAAUAUGUAAAGAUAUAAAUUCAAACGAAAUAAAUGACAAUCAAAAGAUUCAAGAAAUAAAAGAAAAAUUAGUAAAGGAUUUAUUGAAAAAUAAAAACAAAGAAAUAAUUAAAAAAAUAGAAAUAAUUAAUUCAGAUGGUACUAUGACAAAAAUUAAAAAUUCACUAUAUAGUUUAAUAUUUAAAGGGGUUAAUUUUUGGAAGGGCCUAGCAAUAUAUAUAGGUGCAUUGUCAGGUGCUGCAAUAGCUCAAGUGAUUUUAACUUUUAUUUUGAAAUUUGCCAUUAUUUAUUCUUGGAGUGCCUUGGCAACAUAUUCGUUUAUUUCUACAAUUAUAGCAUCUAGUAGUUUUGUAGGAUUAAUAAUAUUAACCAUUAUUGGUGUUAUUUUUCUUCUCAUGUGGUUGUGGCCAUCAAGAGGGAAAUUGAUGGGUCAUAAUAAUAGAGAAGAUAAAAGUGAUACAUAA